AUGGGAGACAAGGCCAAGAUCUUCGUGGGCGGCCUGCCGCAGGAUUGCCCGCAAGAGAGCCUUACUGACUACUUUGGAAAGUUCGGCGCGAUCACGGAUGUGGUAGUCAUGACGGAUCGAGAGACCGGUCGAUGCCGUGGUUUUGGCUUCGUAACCUUCGAGAGCGAUGACUCCGUUGAGUUGGUCCUGGCUCAGCAUGGGGAGCACCAGAUUGGGGGCAAGUGGGUUGAUUGCAAACGCGCAACCAAAGAGGGCAGCAAAGGAGUUCCGCCAGUCAAGGGAGGCGGUGGCUUCGGAAAAGGGGGAGGUAAGUACGGCGGCGGCAUGGGCAUGGGCAUGAUGGGAGGCUACGGAGGAGGCUACGGCGGAGGCGGCGGUAAAGGCGGCUACGGGGGCUACGGUGCUGGUGGCGGCAUGAAGGGAGGCUGUGGUGGAGCCUAUGGUGGAGGCUACGGCGGCGCUUAUGGCGGCGGCUGCGGUGGUUACGGUGGCUGCGGUGGCGCCGCUGGCGGUGGCGCCUAUGGCGGUGGCUACGGGGCAGCCUACGGCAAGGGAGGCGGCAAGGACUUUGGCGGCGGAUAUGGCAAGGGGUAUGCCCCCUACUGA